AAAGCAGUCAGCAUGAGUCCGUAGGCAGGACACCAUCAAGUGAUUUUCAAGAGAAGACCAGAGUAGAAGAGAAGACAAGUAAAAAUAGGGGAAGAAAGCACAAAGAAGGGAAUAGUUUUCUUCUGGUCACCAUGGCUGGGAGGAGGAUCAUUCUGCUUCUGGCUCUGUGCCUGCUGUCCAUCUCGGCGCAGUCAGAGGAAGAUGAAUGUCCCAUAGGAUUCAACUUGGAGGAUGACCGAUGCAUUGAUAACGACGAGUGUGAAGUGCAAGUCUCUGCUGCCGACAGUGGACCAUGUAGAGAGAACGCAGAGUGUAUCAACACUGUUGGCAGCUUUUCCUGCAAGUGUCUUGAUGGUUACCAAAGCCUGCAAGAAGGAUUUCUCAUGUGUCAAGACAUAAAUGAAUGUUGGGCCCGCCAAGACACAUGUGGACCGCGGGCCACGUGUGUCAACAGCAUUGGAAGCUACCAAUGUGUGUGCAAGAAGGGCUUUGCUGCCAGUGCCAGAGGGCGCCAAGGUGGUCAUGACUGUGACGAUGUGGAUGAGUGUCUGAAGGACAAUAUUUGUGGAAGUAAUGCGACGUGCAUCAACACAGAAGGCAGCCAUCACUGCGUCUGCAACGUGGGCUUUGCAAACAAGUCAGGCGGACUCACCUUGACUUCCAAUGAAGAGCUGUGUGAAGAAAUAUGUCCGACAAUUAACUGCGGAAAUGGAAGCUGCCACAUUGGAGCCACGGGCCACUACUGCGCAUGCCAUGCCGGGUCCACCAAUUAUGGCGAGGAAGCUGCUCCUUGCAUGGCAUUAAACUGCGAUGCGUUCAAGGACACAAAAGAUCUGAAAGAGAACCUUCCCAUCGCUCGUGAUCUGAUGAUGCGGCUUGAGAGAAGCUGUGUGAACUUCACAGGGAGCGGAGACCCCAAAGUCUUGGAUGGAGAGGAGCUGGUCUCGGCAUUGUUGGAUCUAAUUGACCAGGUCUUGCUCACCGGGGUCCUCAGAGACAACAAGAAAGUGUCCAUCUUUCUGGACAUAGUUGAGAGCGCUCUGAGAUUGGUAGGACUUUUCAUAAAAACCCCCAGAGCAAGGAGAUCCUCCACCUACACGGAACUGGAACUGCUUUCACACAAAGGACCGGUUCCACCUGAGGGUGCUGUGACCUUAUCAACCAAGCCAGUGGAGUUGGAUAUCCAGAUGAGUACCGUGGCUGGAGAUCCCUCCCAGUUCCCAGGUUUUGCUACCGUGUUCCUGCUCAGCUACGCCAACCUGGAGGUCCCCACGAGCGGUUACUACAGUGGCAUGGAUCUGCAGACGAACCGGAGUUUCGUCAUCAACUCCAAAGUAGCGACCGUCUCCGUCACCAACGCCAACACAAGUCGCCUGGACGCGCCCGUCACGCUAACUUUUCACCACAUCCAACAGGUGAAUGGUAGUCAGCACACCUGUGUGUUCUGGGAUGGCUCCCAGGAGGGCGGCAGCUGGUCUUCAAGCGGCUGCACUCGGGUGGAGUCCAACGCCGAGUCCACCGUGUGUUCCUGCGACCACCUCAGCUCCUUCGCCGUGCUCAUGGCGCUCUACGACGUGGAGCCCAGGUUUGAGUUGCAGUUCCUCACCCGGGUGGGCCUGACCCUGUCACUCAUGUGCCUGCUGGUGUGCAUCUUCACCUUCUCGCUGGUGCGCCCCAUCCAAGGCCCCAGGACCACCAUCCACCUGCACCUGUGCAUCAGCCUCUUUGUUGCCGUCCUCAUCUUCCUCGGAGGCAUUACUCGGACAGAGAACCAGAGUGUCUGUGCGGUGGUGGCCGGCCUCCUCCACUUCUUCUUCCUGGCGUCCUUCUGCUGGAUGUGUGUGGAAGGCGUGCAGCUCUUCAGGAUGGUCAUCUUGGUGUUCAACACCAACUUCCGGACCCUCUACAUGAUGGCAGGCGGUUACGGCGUCCCGGCAGUGAUCGUGGUCAUCUCCUCUUUGAUCCACCCACAAGGAUACGGCACAGACAAAUAUUGUUGGCUGAAGCUGGACUUCAUCUGGAGUUUUUUGGGUCCUGUUUGUGUCAUCAUUGCUGUAAACAUUGUCUUCUUCCUUAUUACCAUUUGGAAGCUGGUGCAGAAGUUCUCAAGUUUGAACCCAGAGAUGGACACCUUGCAGAAAAUCAGGGCAUUCACCAUUACUGCAGUAGCCCAGCUCUGCGUGCUGGGCACCACGUGGAUUUUUGGCUGCUUCCAAUUUGGGGAAAGCACAAUAGUCAUGUCCUACCUGUUCACCAUCUUCGCCAGCCUGCAGGGGGUCAUGCUCUUCACCCUGCACUGUCUCUUCUCCAAACAGGUAAGGGACGAGUAUGGAAGCUUCCUGUGCAGUACACCGCCCAAGAAAAACUACAAAGAGUUCAGCUCGCUUUCCAGCAGACCGCAGGCGUCCAACAGCACCCAGGACACGGGAGAGUCGCGCAUCUGAGGAGAAACAAACUCGACAACCGCUGGCCGUCAUCCAUUUGCACUCGAUGCAGCAGUUUGCCAAACGACAGCAACCGGCGCUAGUCUUCAUGAACAUGUUCAUC